AUGAAGCAUCACUGCGCCAUCAAACACGGCGUCUUCAAAGAGUUCCUGGCCGAGUUCCUCGGGACCUUCGUGCUGGUGUUGUUCGGCUGCGGGUCGGUGGCACAGACGGUGUUGAGCAGAAACACUCUGGGAGAACCGCUGACCGUCCACAUCGGCUUCAGCACCGGACUCAUGAUGGGCGUCUACGUGUCCGGCGGCGUGUCGGGCGGUCACCUCAAUCCGGCCGUGUCUCUGGCGAUGGUGAUCCUGGGGAAGCUGAAGAUCUGGAAGUUUCCCAUCUAUGUGACGGCGCAGAUGCUCGGGGCGUUCGUCGGUGCGGCCGCGGUGUUCGGACUGUAUUACGAUGCCUUCAUGGAUUUCACCAGCGGGAUCCUGUCGGUGACGGGAAUCAACGCCACAGGACACAUCUUUGCGUCGUAUCCGGGGAGACACCUGACCGUCCUGGGCGGAUUCGUGGAUCAGGUGGUGGGAACGGGAAUGCUGGUGCUCUGUAUCCUGGCCAUCGUGGACGGGAGGAACAUCGGCGCUCCGAAAGGCGUGGAGCCGCUGGCCGUGGGUCUGAUCCUCCUGGGCAUCAGCGUGUCGAUGGGGCUGAACUGCGGAUACCCUCUGAACCCGGCGCGAGACCUCGGCCCACGCCUCUUCACCGCCGCGGCCGGAUGGGGGAUGGAGGUGUUCAGCACUGCUGAUUACUGGUGGUGGAUCCCCGUUGCCGGGCCGAUGGUGGGGGGCGUCGCUGGCGCUGUAAUCUACUUCCUGUUGAUCGAGCUGCAUCACUCCAACCACAACGACAAACCUCACGAAGAGCCCGAGGAAGAGGAGGACGAGGAGGAAGAGGAGGACAGCAGCCUGAAGGACAAAUACGAGAUGAUCAACAUGAGCUAGAAACCAGAGACGAGGAGAAAUGAGAUCAGAGUUCCUGCCGUCAUCAAGUAAAGCUGGUCAUUUUCAUACUGAAACGCUGUUUACGUCCAUCAGCAGACGAUUAAAGUAGUUCCACCUCAUUAGACUCUUUACAGCUCUCAUAAUGAUCUGGGUUUUGCUGAAGUGCUUUAACAACACAAGCUUCACGUCUGAAAACAUGAUGUUCCUCCUCAGUGUUUCAGCACAAACAUCUAAACGUUCAUGAUACUUUCACUGGAGAAGAGAAAUGCCUGACGAUAUUAAGGAAAAAAAUGAAUCAAAAUGAAGUGAGUUUGUGUUUAAAACAAGAUCAAAUAUCUGCCAGAGGAGUCAGAAAAAUAAUCUUAUUUGACCUUUGAAUUAUGAUUAUUUUUCUGACUCCAUUGAUUUGAUCUUGUUUUAAACACACACUUUGAUAUCAUUUCAGUAGUUUUUAGUCAUUUCUCUUCUCCAGUAAAUGUUUCUUGAUGUAACAAGACAGAAACACUGAGGAAGAACAUCAUGUUUUAGCGGUAUAACGUUGUCCCAUGAUCCUCCACUGUACAGAAAGUGUGAUUUUAUGUUGCUGCUGAUGAUAAUAUUGUACUGAACCCACAAUAAUGGUUUAAAUGGCUUUUUAAAGUGACGGAUGCACUGAAACACGUCAGGAAUUCUGCCCAGAAUUAAGCAAAAAUCAGCAAACGAAAGCAUCAGAUUGUCAGAAACAUCCUGCAGACAAACGUGUGUGAAGCUGGCAUCACGUCACACGCGUGAACUGAAGCGUGACGGUUUUCCACUAGAUCACGACUGUUGAGUUUUCAUGUUAACUGUCAGUUUGUUUCACCUUAUUGUCAUUCAUUUACUUUCUACAUUAUUCAUGUUUAUGAUUAUUGUUCAUGUGUUUGUAGACUUUUGGUUUUAAAAGCCUUUCGUAAAAGUAGAUAAACAUCUUUUGUAAUGAAAUCCUACGACAUCGACUGUAUAUUUGUGUUUUUUGCUGAAAUAAAGAAGAAACUUUUACAGCAAA